AGGAGUCAGAUAUUUGUUUUGCUAACACAAAGCUUUUGGAAAAGGACCAUAGAUCGUAAUUCAAGCUCAACCCACCCGGUGCUCUCCUGAUGUUAAAUCAAGCGUACCGGUUCUGAAGUACCCCAGUGCAGUUGCAUCCUGGGCGGUGCUCAACGUGGGCGGUGUCGAAGACGUGACUUUGGCGGAACAUCUUUCUGCUUUAGUUAUAAUCCACAAGUUGCCGUUAAACUUGCCGUUAGACAUAUCUGUCCCAUCUGUCCUCGAGGUACGAUGAUGAACUGCUGUGGUCUGCGAUCUUCCCAGGAGGAACCAGCAGACUCACCAACAGAUGACUCAGCAGCACCCCAGUCUCCCCCUAACUGUGCCCCUCCCUGUCCCAGUGAAGAAGUUUUAACUCACAUUAAGUCCCGUGGUCCGAUGUUGAACUGCUGUGGUCUGCGAUCUUCCCAGGAGGAACAAGGUACGAUGGUGAACUGCUGGGGUCUGCUAACUUCCCAGGAGGAACCAGUUCCUCUGAAGAGCGUGGAGGUAGAGCUGGAGGUGAGGGACCAUGUGGCUACAGUGGUCUCCACUCUGAACUAUAAGAACAAGGAGGACAAACCACUGGAGGCUGUUUUUGUCUUCCCUCUGCCUGGAGAUGCUGCUGUCUGUCACUUCAGUGCUAAGAUUGGACAGACAGAGAUUGUAGCUGAGGUGAAGGAGAAACAGAAGGCUCGUGAGGAGUAUGAUGAUGCUUUGAGCUCUGGUAGGGAGGUCUUCCUGUUGGAGGAGAGUGAUCAGAGUCCAGAUAUAUUCUCUCUGAGUGUGGGCAGUCUGCGUCCAGGAGAGAGCGCCUCCAUCAGGCUGGAGUACGUCACUGAGCUGGCUGUGCAGGCUGAUGAAGGGCUGAUGUUUUGUCUGCCUGCUGUGCUCAACCCUCGCUACCAACCUCGGGGAAGUGAAGAUGUUUGUAUCCAGGUGACCUCUGUUCCAGCCUCUCUGGUGCCCUACAGUCUGUCUUUCUCUGCCCGAGUGUCCUCUCGUCAUCCAGUCUCUAAAGUAGAGUCCAACUGUCCCCUGGACGCUCUCCAGUACCUCAACACAGAGCAAACCCAGGCUACGGUCAAGAUGGCUGCAGGACACAAGUUUGACAGAGACAUUGAACUGCUGAUUUAUUACAAAGAUGCCCACCAGCCCACUGCUGUGGUGGAGACAGGACAGACCUCUGUCAAGCCUGGCUCUCUGAUGGGUGAUCAAGUGGUGAUGCUGAGCCUGUACCCUGAGUUCCCCCAGGCUGUGAUGUCUUCAUACCCCUCAUGUGCAGAGUUUGUGUUCUUACUGGAUCGAUCUGGCAGUAUGGCAGGGUCCCGUAUAAAGAAUGCCAGGGAAACUCUGCUGCUCCUGUUGAAGAGCUUACCAAUGGGCUGCUAUUUCAACAUCUACAGUUUUGGGGACUGCUAUGAACACAUCUUCCCUAAGAGUGUGGAGUACAAUGAGAAGACCAUGGAAGAGGCUCUGAAGGAAGUUAAUACAAUGGGUGGUGAUCUGGGAAGAACAGAGAUCCUGACUCCCCUUGAACAUAUUUACAGCCAGCCCUGCAUUUCCAGUCAACCUAGACAACUGUUUGUCUUUACUGACGGGGAGGUGGAGAAUACCGAAGAUGUUAUAAAUCUGGUGAAGAGGAAUUCAGGUUCCCACAGGUGUUUCUCUUUUGGGAUUGGGAAAGGGGCCAGCUCUGCUCUUAUCAACGGGUUGGCCAAGGAAGGAGGAGGUCACGCUCAGUUCAUCACAGAUACUGACAGGAUGCAACCAAAAGUGAUGCAGUCGCUGCGUUUUGCUCUGCAUCCAACUGUGGUGGACAUCUCAUUCAAGUGGGAUUUGCCAAAGGGAGUGUCUGUCACUGCUCUCUCUCCACCAAUCACAGCACUUUUCCAUGGUCAAAGGUCACUGGUUUAUGCCCAGCUCACUGGACAGAGUUCAGAGGCAGCGGAGGGCUGUGUGACGGUGAAGUACAGCCUGGCAGGUCAUCCCUCUCAGAACCAGCUCCACUUCAGUCUCAAACCUGCAGAGGACACUGGAUUAACAGUCCACAGGUUGGCUGCUAAGACUUUGAUUCACUCCCUGGAGAUGGAGGAGGGAGAAGGAGGAGGAGAGCAAGAUGGAGAAGUGAAGAAGAAGGUGGUGGAGCUCAGUGUCCAAUCAGGAUUAAGCAGUGCCUUCACUGCCUUCAUUGCUGUCAACAAAAGUGAUGGCGAGGCGAUUCAAGGACCUCUGGUCCUCAGAAAUGUUCCCACACCCAACUCAUCUGCUGGAGAGGUUGAAGUGGCCAUGCACGGACAUGGUGUGUUUUCUCACUCUGAAGGUUUCCAUGUAUUUCACUGUGGGAGCAUUGGGCACCAACUGACACCCAGAGAGGAUUUGCUGCAGCUGGUCUCCCUCCAGAAGGCGUCUGGCUGCUGGGUGCUGGAUCCAGCUCUGGCUGCUGCACUGGGAAAGACCAGCAGAGAGGUUGAGAACACAAAACCUUCAGCAGUGAAACAUAGAGUGUGGGCCACCAUUCUGGCUCUGAUUUGGCUCCAUGGUUUGAAGAUGGAUGCUCAGGAAGAGUGGAAACUUCUGGCUAUGAAGGCGGUGUCAUGGCUCCGUGCCCAGAAUGCUUCAUGUGUGACAGAGUGUGUGGAAGCUGGAAAUGCUCUGCUGGGUUGCAGCGUGCAGAAAGAUGCCCUGGGACUCUGAAGUGACUUCCCUUAAUAGUACACAGAAGCAGAUCUACUCCAUCCUACAACUUUAACUGUAUUUUCUCAACAUUGCACUUCACUCUUUGCACUAUUUACCAGUCCCUCCAGAAAAACGCGAUAAUGCGAUCGCAUAAUUCAAUGCAUAAUCAGCCAAAGUCCGCAUAUUCAGC